UGUCAAACAGUUCGAGAGAUAGCCAAUUAGUGGCGGUGAUUGAGCACGUAAACUCUGGCGCUUCGCUCUCACGCUCUCUUUACAAGUUGUCGUCUUUUGGAGAGACCGCGGGCUGAAUUAGGAACGGAGGCUACUUUAAACCAUGUUUGACUUAAAGAGGAGUAAUAGUUUGACCUUGAACAGUCGUGAGACGGAAUUCAGUCGAGUGGCGGUCAGACGGAAAGUCAGUGCUGCAGUGGACUGCCUCGCCUCACACACAGUGCCACCUAAAUCAACUGACCUCCAGACUCGUCUGUGGGCAGGACAAGCGCAACCCCCCAGUCCCUCUACAGGGAAAUUACUACCUCAGCAAGUUAGUGGCACAGAGCAAGACCAAAGUCCUAACAUAAGUUGUGGAGUUUCUGUUUCCUGUGUCAGCCCAGUACAGAAUUGUCUAGGCUCCCCUAGUCCUAUCAGAGGAGGAGGGAACAGUUUUUUGAAUGUAGUGUCUGAAGUACGUAUCAGCCCUGCCAGACAAUCGCCGGGGAGUCCACAUUUUACAAGCAGUCCACUUUUAGGCUUUCCAAGUCCAGACAUAAGAGGCACUCAGAGACGUAGCCCAUUGAGGGAAGGAGGACAAAGCCCUACUAACCUGACCCCAAGGAACCGUAGCCCUCUUGCACGAUUACUGCGGACCCCCAGCCCUGUGCAGGGGAGGAUGGGGAGCUACAGUCCCACCAAUAAUUCUAAAUCCUGGAUAGGACUGCACAGAAUCCCAAGCACCAAGAUGGAAGGACAAGAUAAGAGAGUGCGGAAAUCUUUGAGCGUGCCUGACUUGAUUGUUCUCUUGAAGGAGAGCAGGAUUCCCACGGAAAAAGUUGAACGCACUCCACUGAAACCGCUGCAAUCAGCCAACUGCAGUGGGCCAGCCAUCACCAUCAAAUCACCAGUUUACCAUAGACUCAAUCAUUCCACAAGUGAAGUCCAUCUAUUAAGCAAUGGUAAAGAGCAGUCCCCAGGACAAUUAAAGGGCAUAGUGCAGGGGAGAGAUUGCACAGUAGUAAAUGAGACGGGGGAAAAGGACAAAAUAGAAGAAGGCAAGAUACCCGUUGUAUAUGGCUCUAAGUCCUCCUGCCAGUGGAAUGAGGCAACUAUAGAAGAUGGCAGGAUUCACAAGGAGUCUAAAGAUGAACAAAAGGAUGUGGUUAUGAUGGAGAGAGGAGUAGGCGAGUCUAAAGAUGAAGAGAACAUCGAGCAGAAAUUGUUCAACAUAGCCAAUGAACUCCUGCAGACGGAGAGAGCCUACGUGGCUCGUCUCCACCUGCUAGACCAGGUGUUCUGCUCACGCCUAACAGAAGAGGCAGGUCGAGGCUCGUUUCCUCCUGACAUGAUACGAAAUAUCUUCUCCAACAUUUCCUCUAUCUACUCCUUCCACAACCAGUUCCUGCUACCUGACCUUGAAAGCUGCAUCAGCAACUGGUGUGAUAGCCCAGGCCUGGGUACAGUUCUGCUGCAACACGCACCCUUCCUGAGGAUGUAUGCUGACUAUGUCAUAAACUUUGACCAGGCCAUGGAGCUGGUGAGGACCUGGACUGAGCGCUCCUCUGUUUUCAGAAAUAUCAUCCAGGACAUACAGAGUCAGGAGGUGUGUGGCAGCCUGACCCUGCAGCACCACAUGUUGGAACCAGUCCAGCGCAUUCCACGUUAUGAGAUGCUGCUCACGGAUUACCUGAAGAAACUGCCUAAAAACAACCCAGAUUAUGAUCUUGCUUACAAAUCCUUGCAGACUAUUUCCAUGGCAGCCAUCCACUCAAACCGCGCCAUCCACAAAGCUGAGAGCCUGAAGCGGCUGGUGGAGAUCUAUGAGAUGGUUGGAGAGGAGGAGGUGGUCAACCCGACGAAUGAGUUCCUCAGGGAGGGUCGUCUGCUCAAGCUUGCUGCCAGGAACACAUCUGCCAUGGAGAGGCACCUCUUCCUGUUCAACAACUUUCUGAUGUGCUGCACUCCUAAGUUCAGCCUAGUCGGGCAGCGUUUUACUGUUCGCUGCAGGAUCGGAGUGGAUGGCAUGCAGGUGCAGCAGACCACCAAUGAAGACCACCCAUACACCUUCCAGGUCUCUGGAAAAGAGAGGACCCUUGAGCUGCAGGCCAGCUCUAAACAAGACCGAGAUCAAUGGAUAAAGGUAAUUCAGGAAGCCAUUGACAUGUUUCAGAAGAAUAAUGAAACCUUCAAAUUGGCUUCCAGGGAGCUAAAUAUACAAGAACCAGCUGAGGAACUCGGCCGACGUGCCCCUCGCUGGAUCAGGGACAAUGAGGUGACCGUGUGUAUGAAAUGCCAGGACUCUUUCAACGCACUCACCAGGAGAAGACAUCACUGCAGAGCCUGUGGCUGUGUGGUGUGCGGAAAGUGUUUAGACCAUAAAGUGGCUUUAGAGUAUGAUGGCAACAAGCUGAACAAGGUGUGUAAAGCCUGCUACUCCACCCUGACCGGUCAGAGGGUGGAGGAAAAUAAGAGAAGGAUACUGGAGUUGGAGGAAUCUCCAAUGUCCAGUGACUGUGUAAUGAGUGGCUUCCUGCUGUAUGGUGACAACCCCAAGACCUGGCAACAGGUAUGGACUGUUAUCAGCCACACUGAACCUCCAGCCCUCCACCUGUAUACUGCUCCACAGGACGUGAAGCCCCUAUCCAGUAUACCUCUACUGGGCUGCAGUGUGGUGGAUUCCCUUCAGGAGCUUAAUGGUCAGCUUUGUUUCUGUUUAAGCCAAUCAUUGGACGUCAAACAGGGCUGGCUGAAGGUUCUGAAAGUUGCAGUGAUAGGCAGGCAGUGCACGCCUAAUGGCUAUGACUUCACCACCAGUAGCUCCACAUGUGGCAUUAGCGGCACUGUCCAAGACGGAAGCGUAUGUACUGGUGAGGAAUGUAUCAUCAAUGGCAACGAGGUAAUCCACUCCUGA